CCAGUUCUACGUACCUAGUCCGCGUUGUUAACCUCCAGCUAUUUUAUAAACGAGAGAGAAAGAGAUAGAGGAUUCGUGCCCAGCCGCUCCGUGUUUCAGGUUCAGGUUCAGGGAAAAGGAAGAGGUGAAGAAUCGGUGCCCCUCCCCUGUAGCUGGCCGCUGGAUUCGGUGAGCGAUUGGAACGUCUCCUGCGUGCCUCCGUCGCAACAUUCCCUCCUCCCUCCCUCCGGCCGGAUUCCAUCCCCACCCAGCCACCCACGUCCACCACCACCACCACGAGGACGGGGAAGGAAAGCGCGCGCCUUCGCCCGAUUCUCUCCUCCUUUCCCCCGCGCUAGCCACUUUAAUCCGCGCCUUCUUCCCCACGUCGCCGCUGCUCCCUCCGCGUUCUCGGGCGGCUGUCGCUCGGUUCAGAUUCGGCCGUUUCUUCUUCCUCCGAUCGGGAGGAUUGCGCGUGAAUUCGUUCCGAGCAGCCGAGCAGGGCAGGGGGAAGCCAUAAGAAGAAGAGGAGGACAAUGUGGCGUCUGUUCAACGAGCUGUGGGACGUGCUAGGAUCCGGCUUCUUCUCGUCCAGGUUCCUGUAACUCGAGUCAAGCCUUUUUGCUCGUUCAAUCAAUCAAUCCGUCGUCGCAGCGGGAUCUGGUCAUCGCAUUGUGCGCGGGAGGAGAUGGACGACGAGGAUUACUCGUGGGUGCGGCGCUCGAGGUUCUCCCACUCCGUCGUGCGCUCCAACUCCGGCAGGGAGCAGUUCGGCGCCUUCAUCGAGCAGUUCAACCGCGGCGCCGCGCAGAGGCAGCGAGGGAGAGGCUCCGAUUCGGGGUUCAAGCUCCACGGCAUGAACUUGCAGCCGGCGACGACAACGACCAGAGCCUCGGCGUCCACCAGCUCCUCGGCGAAUCCCGCUGCUGCCUCCACCAGCUUCUCGGCGUCCACCAGCUCCUUGGCGAAUCCCGCUGCUGCCUCCACCAGCUCCUCGGCGAAUCCAGCUGCUGCCUCCACCAGCUCGGCGAAUCCCCCUGCUGCCUUCACCAGCUCGGCGUCGGCGAACCCCCCUAUUGCGAGAACACGGUCGCUGGAUGCCAAGCCCAGGACGGAUCCAUCCUCCUCCUCGGGCAGCGAACCGACGCAGCACAGCGAUCAUGGGAAAGAAGCGCCGGCAAAUGGCAGCGCCGGGAGCAACGGAGUGUUCAAAGGGGCCAACCUCUUCGUCGACGUUUCAUGCGGACCCGAGGCUCUUCAGGUGCCUGGUCAACCUCUUGACUUCUCAUUCCACCCCGACGAGCAGAGCAUGAGGCUGCAGCGGGUGUGCUCCAGCCCGUCCCCUUUCCCGGCCAGGGAAAUCCCGGCCUUCGACGCGCCGCCGCUGCUGUCGGCACGCAGCUCUUCUCUAAAAGUCACCGGCGAGGAGCGCACAGCGAUGCUGCGGGCGAGAUCCCCUCUCCCGAGCCGCCCCAUACCAGAGCUGUUCCAGGAGGCCAAGUCGGAGAGCAAGCGGUUCUCCACCCCGCCGCCGCGCCGGAAAUCUUUGUCUCCGACACGAGGAGCGCCUCCGGCUGCUGGGCCGGUGAAGGCGCCGGGCAAGGUGAAGCACAAGAAGGAGCACUGGGACAAUGCAAUGGCGAGGGCCGCUGCACUGAAGGUGCUCGAUAGAUGGACGGUGGACCGCUCGAAGCUGCUCAUCGGGCCUAGGUUUGCGUCUGGGGCGCACAGCCGGUUGUUCAACGGGAUCUACAUGGAGGUGCCUGUUGCGGUCAAGUUCAUCAGACAACCUGAUGAACAGGAGGAUGCAGAGUUGGCAUUGCAGCUCGAGAAGCAGUUCAACACGGAGAUCGCCACAUUGUCCCGCCUCCAGCAUCGCAACGUCAUUAAGCUGAUUGGAGCAUGCAGCAGUCCACCGGUCUUCUGCGUCAUCACUGAGUUCCUUCCCGGUGGUUCGUUGAGAGCAUUCUUGCACAAGCAAGAGCACAAAUCCCUGCCUCUAGAUAAGAUCAUUUCAGUUGGCUUGGACAUCGCAAACGGUAUGGCAUACAUCCACUCGCAGGGAGUUGUGCACCGAGACGUGAAACCAGAAAACAUCAUAUUCGACGCAGAAUGGUGCGCGAAGAUUGUUGAUUUCGGAAUAGCUUGUGAAGAAGCGUACUGUGACCCUCUGGCGAAUGAUCCUGGGACCUUCAGGUGGAUGGCCCCAGAGAUGAUGAAGCACAAACCCUAUGGUCGAAAGGUUGAUGUAUACAGCUUCGGCCUUAUCUUGUGGGAAAUGCUUACCGGCUCAGUGCCUUAUGAAGACUUGACUCCCUUCCAAGCAGCCUUCGCUGUUUUUGACAAGAAUGUGAGGCCGGCCAUUCCUAGUAGCUGCCCAGCAGCAUUACGGGUUUUGAUCGAACAAUGUUGGGCCUUGCAAGUAGAUAAAAGGCCUGAAUUCUUUCAAAUAGUUCAAUUAUUGGAGAAGUUUAAGAUGGUUCAGGAUAGAGAUGGAACACUUGACAACAUGCCAAGCUCAAACUGCCUGGAGACUCAUGAUCAUAAGAAAUGGCUAGCUAACUGGGUCCACAAGAUCAAGCACCAUCAUCAUGAUUUUUCUGGACCUCCACCACCAAAACUUCUGUAACUAAUCUCCUCUCUUCCACUCUGUUCUAGUCAGGGUAGUUUUCAGAAUGUAAUUAUCAAAAAAAAAAUCUUUUUUUGGGUAUAUAACACAAAAUAGUCAGGGUAGUUUAGGCUUGGUUUUGCCUCUGCAUGUGUGAUUUCCCUGAAAAUGUAUCUAUUUUUCUGUUAUUAUGCGCUUGAACAAUUAUUGUCAUUGAUUCACUAACGAGGCAUUUGUAAACAUCCUGAAAUUUCACCCA